AUUGACAAUAAAUUUUGAAACCGGAAAUUACUUUUCUGGAUCAGGUGUGUCCAAUAGAGACGGCGUGGAUAAAAUUUGCAUAUCAAAUAGGUGACAUGCCACAGUAGGUAAACUGACGAGAGGACAAUGUGCUAGGGAAAACACUGAUAUAUUGGAUUUUCUGUUGUUUCUUCUAGAUGAUUGGCACGAAAUCGGAUAUCAAAUCUGUAUAAUGGAAUAAGGAAAAUGUAAACGUGAAAUUAUUGUUGGAUUUGACUUCACAAUGUUGAAUAUUUGUGAGCCACAGUGCUGACAACUUUCAGCCAAGAAAAGUGGCAACUCAUUGGGUGCCACCAUAACAAACAGGAGUACGGAGCCGCUACCCCCAGGUCAGCCACUCCCGGGCGAUGCCACGGCUGGCAACAUGAUCAAGCAGGGAGUCGUACAGGAGAAAAUUUCCGACCUAACAACCAUGAACCAGCUGCCGCCCCUAAGCACACUUCCCCAGUGGUCACGAAUAAACACUCUGGAUCGGGGCCGCUACCCUAAACCUUUUGUCAAGGACAAAGUGACAGGGGGUCCUGAGGGACGGAAAGAAGGAGAAGAGGAGGAGCGUGAUGUUGACAUAUCUGAACUAAACCCCUCUCAGAGGAUACACCACCUCGAGAGGAGCAUCUUAUUUCUUCGUCAACAGCACCAAGAAAUCCUCAAGUCACUCCAUGAUGAGAUUGAGAUUCUCAAGAAGGAGAAUAAAGAUUUGCAUUUUAAAAUUGUGAUGUCCCAGAAACAGCAUCAGGAAAAACAAACUGCCAACAGUCAGCAUGAAAGUUCUAAAGAACGCUCCAGGAACGAAGGCAAUUCUCGUGCUCUCGAGAAAGAAUAUUCCUCCAAUUCUCUCAUCUCUCAAACUCUAGAAUUAAGUAGCUCCGCCGGCCGUUCCCGUGAGGAUCGGCUGGAUGAGCUCAAGAUCAUCUUUCUGGAGGAGGAGAUAAAGGAGCUGAAACACGCACUCCGUGACCUCAAAAACCGUAAUAGCUUCUUCUCACAGAGGUUGGAACAGGAAGAGGAACUCAAGAAAAAGCAACAGGCCAAGAUUGAGAGUCUACAGUACCAGGUAGCACAGGGAGGGGGCCCGAUGGCCGAGAAAAUCGCCGCUGGUAACCUCAACAUCUUCAGCAACCCAAACCGUCCACCGACCUUGACAGAGUGCGAGGUUGUCAUUCGACAUCUACAGUCCAUCAAUGAGCAGCAGACACAUGAGCUGGAUCGCCUAAAGUCAGACCUGCGUGACGUGUUGUACUCACACAAAUGGACGCCUGAUGCCUACCUACUUGCCAAGGCUUACAUUGCUGAAGAUGACGCCAAGGACAAGGAUGGAAAGGCACUUCCGAAACUUAAAAACCCUUCCAGGAAAUUACCAGAUAUUGCGUACAUCCAAAGAGACACUGUGAAUCUACCGGCACUAAAGCAGACAGUUAGUAACAAGGCCAUAGAGCGACGUAAACGUACCCAGAUUCUCCAGAAAGCUCGCUUACAUAAAGAAAUUCUACCCUAGUAUCCCAUAGUAGUUAGUAAGACGGUGAAAUACUGCAGCAUAGACAGGCCCGGACCCUGUGGAAGGCUCGCCAAUAAAUACAAAGGAAUUCCUAGUGUUGAUGAUGUAGACUAUCCGUACAAAUACAGAAUUUGUUGGAUGACAUGUUAAUUAUAACAAAAAUGUGAAGUUUUGCUAAAUGGAAACCUGGGUAACAUGAUUAAGCUGAUAAAUGAUUAGCUGAACGAGAGCAUGAACCCUGGAUUUGUAAAUUUGUAUGUGCAUGUAUCAUGUAUAUCAAACACUAGACAAUUUCUCAACAAUGUGUGCCUAUCUCUCACCUUACCGGGGAUAUCCUUUAUAUUACAACGUGAGAAAACUAUUUCAAAGAUAAUAUUGGAAACAUUUUACAAGUUCUCCUUGUCCUCUGAAACUUGGAGUAGGAGAAAUAGAUCUGUCGUGUUGUUGAAUAUGAAGAGAAGGGAGGUAACUCCCAUACAUGUUUUUUCUGACUGUUGCCAUGGUGUCCAUUGUGCCUCCCUGUGUUCCACCAUUCAACAUUGAUUAUCAUUAUCCAGGCCUAACUGUUCUACUGAAAUUCACUUAUUAUAUGCAAGGAAUCAAUUUUAAAUUAAAUUUCCGCCAAAUGAAUACACGUUGCAAAACAUUAUGUUGGUCGUCCAGCUUCAGAAUGAUCUGUAAUGAAAUAGUCUUAUGCAACAUUAUAUUAGGUCAUAGUCCCAUCAACAUUACAAUGGUUAAAAGCUUUGAUUGACUGUGGUAUUUCAUUUGGUCCAGAAGUUUGCUAAAUUUGAUACUUAUAGCGUAUUACCUGGUUUGUCCAAAAAUGAUUUCAAGCAAACAUGUGAAAUUACAAAUUUGCGUUUAAUGUAAUAUGAUACAUUAAAAUAUACGUAACUUUAAUAGAAUUCACCUCUUGAGGUCGAGCAUCGAGAUCUUAAAAGAUAAUUUUCCUUAUUUCGGAUAAACAAGUUUUAUUAUCAAAUUUUAUUAUUAUGCUCAGGAAUAAAUUCUUUCAAAACCAAAUUCGUGUGCAAAGAAUUUGUUGUUAGAUAUAUGUGAGAUUAAAUUUUGUAAAAUUAUGUACAUUUUUUAUACUUAAAAUGUUACAUGUCAGAUUGAAACAAAGAUGGAAUGGAAAAUUCUUUGUACAUUUCUAUUUGUUUAUCCGACAAUCUAGUUUUAAAGGAUCAAGUAGAAUUCCAUUCAGCACCCUAACAUAACACAUGUUCUAAGUGAUUUUCAGUAGAUAUUCAGUGUAUCAUUGACCAUACUAUACAAAAUGUAAGAAAUCUGUAGUGUUUGGAUAUGUAUGGUGAAUGUGACCAUAAAUGUAUGUAACAGUCAUUUUUCGUUAGAUAAUGCAUAGGCCAUACUUUAGAAUAAGAAAUCGGAAGUGUUAGGAUUUUUGUAUGGUGAAAUUUACAUAUUUGUAUAUUAAAGUAUUUUUUUGUAGAUGUCUGCUCAACUGAAAGUCUAUACCAAGUGUAAUUAGAGUCCUGUGAUCAGAUCCAUUCAGGUUGUGUAUCUUUUAAGUGUGUUCUCCUAUUUCUGAGUGUAGCUUUUCUGAUAGUGGAAUGGUUCUGAAAAAAUGUUCUGUCAGAGUAUUUUGCGCAGUAAGUGUACAAACUUGUAAAUAAACAAGUUAUGAUAUAACUUUUGACAAAGUUUCCAUCUUAUGUUAAGUGUUUCCUGGAUGUUAUAAGUAGGUGUUUUAGAAUGAAAUUGUUAUUCGUGAAAAUAAAUAUGUAUUUGAUGUUAUCAAAAUCUAGGAAGUAUGGGAUUGAAUAAGUUUGUAAUAGAUGAUAUGGAAAUAGUUUCAUAUUAAGUCCAAAAACAAAUCUACAGUUCUACCAAAGAAAAUUUCAAGCCAUCCAUCAAGCCCAUAUAUUUCAACUGUAAUAUAUUUCUGUAACAGCCUUCCCGAUCUACCAAUAAGCUCCCACAGGAAGUCGGAUUAGAUAGGGUUCACUGUAUGUAUAGUCGGAUUAGGUAGGGCUCACUGUAUACAGACAGUUAGCAUUAGGUAUGUUUAUAACCCUGAGAGGAGCAAAUCUCUAUACCAACAGUAGCUAAAUGGUGAGCAUUUAUGAUAAAGAAUAAUUACAGCAAACAGUCAGACGGAUUUAUGAUAAAUCUGCAUCUUUUUUCUUAUUUUAGCCGGCUUUUAGCUUUUAUGUCGUAUCUGCCAGCUCUUCAUGAUGUUCAAACAAUUUUUCCAAAAAUAAUAUUUUUUCUAAAUUUUAGUAUUUGUCACAUGUGCUUUAAUGCUUGUUUUAUAUUUAAAUGCAACAAAUAAUUUAUCAUAAAAAUUAAAAUGUCAAGAUGAAUUUUUACAUUUACUGUACUGUGAUUUAUCCUCAUUAAGCUCAGUCUCCCUAGUCCUAAUGAGUCAAAGUAUUGGAUAUUCUGGGAUUCGAUGUUACUACAUAUGUAGUUAAGGGUUAACCUCUAUAUUGAUGUGUCCAGUUUCUGUUAAUUUGUUUAACAAGGGAGGGGAGUCCACAGGCUUAUUAACAGGCAAGGGCUUAUUACUGGUAAAAUACUGGGAUACAUCCAAUCUGCGAUCUCGUACAUUUAAGAUGUGGUUUAAAUCUCAUAACGCAGUGUUAGUAAGGACAUUAUUAACUGGUUUUUGUAUGUCGUGUAAUCAUUCCUCCCUCGCGUGUGUGUGUAUCUAUAUUAUGUACUGGCAUUUCUAUGGAAAACAUGCUCACACAACAUAAUUAUAUGCAUACUGAUGAUAAUUACAAUGUGUUCUGUCUAUCUCAACUUUUUCCCCUUAAAUAGAAUGAAAAUCAAAUUAAAUGUAUUCAUAUCAA